AGGGUCGGCCUUAUAUGUCGGGGCGCGGGAUGGCCGGGGAACAUGGGGGGCAUCAGUCGAAGUACGACAUGCUGGUGACAAUGCAGGCGGUGUUUGCGAGUUCCUUUGGAGCGAUGAUGAUAGUGGAUCCGGUGUUUUUUGAAUUCAUAUCUCGGAGCCCCUUUGAUCUGCACGCGCAAGAUUGUAUCAGGGUUUGCGGGCCAUUCGUGGUUCUUUUGGGAAUUUUCGCGUACAGAACUCGUACGUUGACGGAGGAGGCUAGAAGAGCAUUCUCGCAGACGUGUUUGAUAAGCUACUCUUUGGCAGUUAUUUUAUGCUUAUGUGGGUACUACACGGGGAGAUGGAACCUAUGGUUGAUAGUGUGCGCGAUGAUAUUCACUGGUAUUGGGGUUGUUGGUCACGGGGCUUUCGGGCUGUUUGUAUCACCGGGCGGAUGCAUCAGUCGAAAAUAAUGUUUGUUUUUUGAGAUUAUAUGAGAUGCAAAAAGUUUCUCUAGCAUUUCUGUACAGAGACGGUGUCAGUAGUGAAGCCAGGUGUUUCAAUCUUGUGUGCAGUGGCCUUGGCGUGAGUUGGGGCACCUGAAUCUUUCCUUUGCUGAAAAGGAAUCAAGCAAACGAGUAUAGUAAAAAUAUCAAUUGGGGGA